AGGGAAAGAGAGAGAGAGAGAGGGAAGGAAGAGGAGAGGAGGAGAGUUGGGCAGGCAGCAGGAGGAGAAGGAGCAGCAGCCCAGGAGGCUCUGGAUGUGGUGGCUCAGCUCAGAGGAGCAGCUCUUCCCCAGCCUCCACUCAGCCGGGAAGACAGCAAGGAAGGAGGAGAGUGCGAGGCGGGGAGGAGAUUGGAGGAGAAGGAGGCUGCUGAAAGCAAAGGAAAGGUUGGAAAGCAAGUGAGCCACAACGAGGGACCAGACGAUGCUGCUGCGGCUGGCGCUGGGCUUGACGGCGCUGCUGCUCGCCUUCUCCUCCUCCUCUUCUUCCACGGGAGAAGGGCCCUCUCCCCUCGAGGGUCGCGUGGAGCUGACUGUGCCAAGCAAGGAGAGCAGCCCCAGCCGGGCCAGCCGGGCCAAGAGGAGGGGGCAGGCCGGGGGCGCCGUGGGCCACGACGCGCUCAAGGGACCCAACGUAUGCGGAUCACGUUACAAUGCCUACUGCUGUCCCGGGUGGAAAACUUUACCUGGUGGAAACCAGUGCAUAGUCCCAAUUUGUAGACAUUCCUGUGGAGAUGGAUUUUGCUCAAGACCGAACAUGUGCACAUGUCCAAGCGGCCAGAUUGCCCCGUCCUGUGGCUCCAAAUCAGUGCAACACUGCAACAUCAGGUGUAUGAAUGGCGGCACUUGUAGUGAUGACCAUUGCCUCUGUCAGAAGGGAUAUGCCGGGACGUACUGUGGACAACCUGUCUGCGAAAACGGGUGCCUGAACGGAGGAAGGUGUGUUGCCCCGAACAGAUGUGCCUGCACUUACGGCUUUACUGGACCUCAGUGUGAAAGAGAUUACAGGACUGGGCCCUGCUUCACGUUGGUCACCAACCAGAUGUGCCAGGGCCAGCUCAGCGGGAUCGUCUGCACCAAAACCCUCUGCUGUGCCACCGUCGGGAGAGCGUGGGGCCACCCCUGCGAGAUGUGCCCCGCGCAGCCUCACCCCUGCCGCCGGGGCUUCAUUCCAAACAUCCGGACAGGAGCUUGUCAAGAUGUGGAUGAAUGCCAAGCUAUCCCUGGGAUCUGUCAAGGGGGAAAUUGCAUUAAUACUGUUGGAUCUUUUGAGUGCAAGUGCCCAGCUGGACACAAGUUUAAUGAAGUGACACAAAAAUGUGACGAUAUCGAUGAAUGCAGUGCCAUCCCUGGGAUCUGUGACGGAGGAGAAUGCUCCAAUACCAUUAGCAGUUAUUUUUGCAAAUGUCCUUCUGGAUACUACACCUCCCCAGAUGGCUCUAGGUGCAUUGAUGUACGUCCCGGAUACUGCUUUUCAUCCCUCACCAACGGCCGUUGCGGCAACCAGCUCCAACAAGUCUUGACCAGAAUGCAGUGCUGUUGUGACUCCGGACGGUGCUGGUCUCCUGGAGCAACGAGUGCCCCGGAAAUGUGUCCCAUCCGUGCCACUGAGGAAUUCCGGAAACUAUGCGUGGUUGCCAGCCUUUUGCCUGCAAGGCCAGACGUGCCCAGCAUCCCGGGCCUUCCUCCUCUUCCUCCCGUCUUCCCACCUGAUGUCUAUCCUCCACCCGUCUUUCCUCCAGACGUCGUUGUACCGUCUCGUAGACCAAUGCCGGCGCCAGUGUUACCCGUUAAUGUGACUCGACCUCAAGCCAACAUCUGCCAGUUAUACCAAAAUCUUUGCAUUAACGGACGUUGUGUCCCAACUCCUGGAAGUUAUCGCUGCGAAUGUAAGAAAGGAUUUGAACUGGAUCUUAGAGGAGAAUGCAUUGAUGUUGAUGAAUGUGAGAGGAAUCCCUGUAUCGGUGGAGACUGCGUAAACACACAAGGAUCCUAUAUAUGCCAGUGCCGUCCUGGGUAUCAAAGCACCCUAAUGAGGACAGAAUGCCGAGAUAUUGAUGAAUGCUUGCAGAACGGCCGGAUAUGUAACAACGGGAGAUGCAUUAACACCGACGGCAGUUUCCACUGUGUUUGCAAUGCUGGUUUUCAUGUGACAGCUGAUGGGAAGAACUGUGAAGAUAUGGAUGAAUGCAGCAUACGGAAUAUGUGUCUUAACGGCAUGUGCAUCAACGAAGACGGGAGUUUUAAGUGUAUCUGCAAACCUGGUUUUCAGUUAGCGUCGGAUGGACGUUACUGCAGAGAUAUCGAUGAGUGCGAGACGCCGGGAAUCUGCAUGAACGGGCGCUGCGUCAACACCGAUGGCUCCUUCAGGUGCGAAUGUUUCCCGGGCCUUGCUGUGGGGCUGGAUGGACGCGUGUGUGUUGAUACACAUAUGCGGAGCACAUGCUACGGCGAAUACAGAAGAGGCCAAUGUGUCAAGCCAUUAUCUGGUGCAGUUACUAAAUCGGAGUGCUGUUGCGCCAGCACCGACUACGCCUUUGGGGAACCUUGUCAGCCUUGUCCUGCACAGAGUUCAGAUGAGUACCAUGGUCUUUGUAGCAGCGGCCCAGGCAUAACAGCAACCGGAACUGAUAUCAAUGAAUGUGCUCUGGACCCUGACAUCUGUCCCAACGGAAUCUGUGAAAACAUGCUUGGAAUGUACAAAUGCAUCUGUAAUUUUGGGUACGAAGUGGAUUCAUCUGGGAAAAACUGCUUAGACAUUGACGAAUGUGCCGUGAACAAAUUGCUCUGCGACAACGGACAAUGCAGGAACACCCCAGGAAGCUUCACCUGCACUUGCCCCAAGGGAUUUGUGUUCAAGCCUGAUUUAAAGACAUGUGAAGAUAUCAACGAGUGCGAAUCCAGCCCCUGUGUUAAUGGAGUGUGCAAAAACACGCCCGGCUCUUUUGUCUGUGAAUGUUCCCCUGAAAGUACUCUGGAUGCAACAAAAACCGUCUGCAUUGAGACUGUUAAAGGCACUUGCUGGCAGACCGUUGUGAACGGGAGAUGCGAAAUCAAUAUCAAUGGAGCCACCCUGAAAUCUCAGUGCUGUUCUUCGCUUGGUGCUGCUUGGGGAAGCCCUUGCAUUGAAUGUGAACGAGAUCCGAUCUGCUCAAAAGGCUACUCAAGGAUUAGAGGAACACUAUGUGAAGAUGUCAACGAAUGUGAAGUGUUCCCUGGAGUGUGCACCAAUGGAGUGUGUGUCAAUACUAUGGGAUCCUUUGUUUGCCAGUGUCCCAAUGGAAUGACUUUGGAUAUAACUGGACGGAAGUGUAUCGAUAUUCGCUUGGAGUCAUGCUACCUGGGGCACGACUACGAGGAGUGUGCAUCGCCCAUUGGGGGACGCCACCGGCUGGAUGCGUGCUGCUGUUCUGUGGGGGCCGCUUGGGGUCCUGACUGUGACGAAUGUCCCACCAAAGGAACCCCCGACUAUGAAGCGCUUUGCCCGAGAGGACCUGGAUUUUCUAGCCGGGACCCCGUCAAUGGAAAACCAUUCUACAAAGAUAUCAAUGAAUGCAAAAUGAUUCCAAGACUCUGCACUUAUGGGAAAUGCCGAAACACCAUUGGGAGUUUCCGGUGUAAAUGUGACAGUGGUUUUGCGCUUGAUUCCGAAGAGAGAAAUUGUACAGAUAUUGACGAGUGUCGCAUUUCUCCGGACUUGUGUGGCCAAGGCAUUUGUGUGAACACGCCUGGAGAUUUCCACUGCGAAUGCUUUGAAGGCUAUGAAAGUGGGUUUAUGAUGAUGAAAAACUGCAUGGACAUAGACGAAUGUGAAAGAAACCCACUGUUGUGCCGAGGUGGGGUCUGCAUUAACACCGAAGGAAGCUUCAAAUGCGAUUGUCCUCCUGGUCAUCAGUUGUUGCCAAACAUCUCUGCCUGUGUAGACAUCAAUGAAUGUGACUUGAGUAUGAACUUGUGCCGAAACGGACGCUGCGUCAAUCUCAUUGGAAAGUACCAGUGUUCCUGCAACCCGGGAUAUCACGCCACACCUGACAGAUUAGCCUGUGUGGAUAUUGAUGAGUGCAGUAUAAUGAACGGCGGAUGUGACACUUUUUGUACAAACUCAGAAGGCAGCUAUGAGUGCAGCUGCAGACAAGGCUAUGCGCUGAUGCCGGAUCAUAGGACUUGCACAGAUAUCGAUGAGUGUGAAGACCAUCCUCACAUCUGCGAUGGAGGCCAGUGCACCAAUAUACCUGGAGAAUAUAGAUGCCUUUGUUAUGAUGGAUUCAUGACCUUUGAGGACAUGAAGACUUGUUUAGAUGUUAACGAAUGUGACCUGAACCCAAACAUCUGCCUGAGCGGAAGCUGUGAGAAUACCAAAGGCUCCUUCAUCUGUCACUGUGAUAUGGGUUAUUCUGGCAAAAAGGGAACAACUGGUUGCACAGAUAUUAAUGAAUGUGAAAUCGGAGCUCAUAACUGUGACCGACAUGCAAUAUGUACAAACACAGCCGGCAGUUUCAAGUGCAGUUGCGCUCCAGGUUGGCUUGGAGAUGGCAUCAAAUGCACAGAUCUAGAUGAAUGCUCCAAUGGGACACACAUGUGCAGCCCACACGCUGACUGCAAAAACACCAUGGGCUCAUAUCGCUGCUUAUGUAAAGAAGGAUACAGUGGUGAUGGAUUCACGUGUACAGAUAUUGAUGAAUGCUCAGAAAAUGUGAAUCUCUGUGGAAAUGGCCAGUGUUUAAACACCCCAGGAGGUUAUCGUUGUGAAUGCGAUAUGGGAUUUUUGCCAAGCCCAGAUGGGAAAGCCUGUGAAGACAUUGACGAGUGCAUUCUGCCCAACAUUUGUGUCUAUGGAACGUGCCACAACCUCCCUGGUCUCUUCCGAUGCCAAUGUGAGACAGGAUACGAACUGGACAGAAGUGGCGGCAACUGCACAGAUAUCAACGAAUGUGCAGACCCAACAACUUGUAUCAGCGGCACUUGCCUCAAUAUCCCAGGCAGUUAUACCUGUGAAUGUCCUCCAGAUUUCGAGCUGAACCCCACUCGUGUUGGAUGUGUUGAUACCCGCUCUGGAUACUGUUACCUGGAAAUUAAACCUCGAGGAGAUAAUGGAGACACGGCUUGCAGCAACGAAAUUGGGGUUGGCGUUUCCAAGGCCUCCUGCUGCUGCUCCCUUGGGAAAGCCUGGGGAAUCCCUUGCGAACAGUGUCCAGCCGUGAACUCAACCGAUUACAAGCUGCUGUGUCCUGGUGGAGAAGGGUUCCGUCCCAACCCUAUUACAGUUAUCCUGGAAGAUAUUGACGAAUGUCAGGAGCUGCCUGGACUUUGCCAAGGAGGGCAAUGCAUCAAUUCCUUUGGGAGCUUUCAGUGCCAGUGUCCUUCCGGCUACUAUUUGAAUGAAGAGACACGAGUUUGUGAUGAUAUUGAUGAAUGUACUACACCUGGCAUCUGUGGUCCUGGUACUUGCUACAAUACUAUAGGGAAUUACACUUGCAUUUGCCCUCCGGACUACAUGCAGGUUAAUGGUGGAAACAAUUGCAUGGAUAUGAGAAGGAGUCUGUGCUACCGAAACUUCUAUGCUGACAAUCAAACCUGUGAUGGAGAGCUGCUUUUUAACAUGACCAAAAAAAUGUGCUGCUGUUCCUACAACAUCGGACGAGCCUGGAACAGACCUUGUGAACAGUGUCCAAUCCCAAGCACCGAUGAAUUUUCAACCCUAUGUGGAAGUCAAAGGCCUGGUUUCGUCAUAGACAUUUACACAGGAUUACCUGUUGACAUUGAUGAAUGCCGUGAGAUCCCCGGUGUGUGUGAGAAUGGCGUCUGUAUCAAUCUGGUGGGCAGUUUCCGGUGCGAAUGUCCAGCGGGAUUCUUCUACAAUGACAAAUUACUGAUCUGUGAAGAUAUUGACGAAUGCCAAAACGGGCACAUAUGUCAACAAAAUGCAGAUUGCAUCAACACACCUGGAAGCUACCGUUGCGAUUGCAAACCUGGCUAUCGCUUCACUCCCGUGGGCCGAUGUGUCGAUCGCAAUGAGUGUCAAGAAAUACCAAACAUUUGCAGUCAUGGUGAUUGUAUAGAUCGCGAGGGAGGAUAUACCUGCCGUUGCCACACUGGAUUCAAAACCAAUGAAGACCAAACCAUGUGCAUAGAUAUAAAUGAAUGUGAGCGAGAGCCAUGUGGAAAUGGCACAUGUAGGAACACAGUCGGUUCUUUCAACUGCCGCUGCCAUACGGGAUUCAUCCUUUCUCACAAUAACGACUGUAUAGACAUCGAUGAAUGCGCCACUGGCAAUGGGAAUCUGUGCAGGAAUGGCAGAUGCAACAACACUAUUGGAUCUUUCCUAUGUAUCUGCAAUGAAGGUUAUGAAAUGACUCCAGAUGGAAGGGUCUGCCUUGACAUCAAUGAAUGUGCACUGGAUCCUGGUAAAUGUACACCUGGUACAUGUCAGAAUCUGGAUGGUUCAUACAGAUGCAUCUGUCCUCCUGGAUAUGCCCUGAAAGAUGACAACUGCAAUGAUAUCGACGAGUGCUCCGAAGAGGCAGAAAUCUGUGCCCUGGGCACAUGCAGCAAUACCCCCGGCAGCUUUGUUUGCCUGUGUCCCGAAGGAUUUGUAGUAUCUUUCAGCGGACGUAGAUGUCAAGAUCAGAGAAUAAGCUACUGUUUCACUAAAUUUGAAGAGGGGAAAUGUUCUGUGCCCAAAUCCAGAAACCACUCUAAGCAAGACUGCUGCUGCAGUAUGAACGGGGAAGGAUGGGGCGAUCCAUGUGAACUAUGUCCCCAAGAAGGAGAAGAAGCUUAUCGGCAAAUUUGCCCGUUCGGAUCUGGUAUUCUGGUGGGACCUCGUGGUGAACCAAUUGAUGCGGAUGAAUGCCUGGAUCCAGACAUUUGUAAACAUGGCCAGUGCAUCAAUACGGACGGCUCCUACCGCUGUGAAUGCCCGUUUGGUUAUGUGCUUCAAGGAAAUGAAUGCACAGAUACUGACGAAUGUUCUGUCGGAGAUCCGUGUGGAAAUGGGACGUGUAAAAACAUCAUUGGGAGUUUUGAAUGCACCUGUGAGGAAGGUUUUGAACCAGGACCCAUGGUGACAUGUGAAGAUGUGAAUGAAUGUGCUCAGAAUCCCCUGCUUUGUGCUUUCCGGUGUGUGAACACCUAUGGAUCAUAUGAAUGCAAAUGUCCUGCUGGCUAUGUUCUCAGAGAAGACAAGCGGAUGUGUAAAGAUCAGAAUGAGUGUGAAGAAGGAAUUCACGAUUGUGAGUCGAAGCAAAUGACAUGCAAAAACCUGAUCGGCACAUACAUGUGCAUAUGUGGGCCAGGAUUCCAACGUCGGCCAGAUGGCGAAGGUUGCGUAGAUGAAAAUGAAUGUCAAACCAAACCUGGGUUGUGUGAAAACGGACGCUGUAUCAACACACAAGGAAGCUUCCGAUGUGAAUGUCAUGAUGGGUUCAAUGUCAACGAAGCGCAGAAUGAAUGCAUAGACACCAGGGAAGGAUACUGCUUCACGGAAGUCCUACAGAGCAUGUGUCAGGUUGGGUCGAGCAGCGUUGAAACCGUGACCAAGUCCGAAUGCUGCUGCGACGGCGGGCGAGGAUGGGGACCCAACUGCGAGAUCUGCCCCUUCAUGGGCACCAUGGCCUUUAAGAAACUCUGCCCUCACGGCCGCGGAUUCACAACAGAUGGAGCAGAUAUCGACGAGUGCAAGGUUAUUCGUGACGCCUGCCAGAACGGAGAGUGUGUCAACAGCAUGGGAUCGUACCAGUGCAAGUGCAAGGAGGGCUACAUUACCGAUAUCACGGGCACACUUUGUAUAGAUCUCAAUGAAUGCAACCAGUCUCCAAAGCCAUGCAAUUUUAUCUGCAAAAAUACGGAGGGGAGUUAUCAAUGCUCGUGUCCCAAAGGCUACAUUUUGCAAGAAGACGGGAGAAGCUGCAAAGAUCUUGACGAAUGUGCAACCAAGCAACACAACUGCCAAUUCUUGUGCGUCAACACCAUUGGGGGCUUCACUUGUAAAUGUCCUCCUGGAUUUACUCAACAUCAUUCAGCAUGUAUUGAUAACAACGAAUGUGCCGGUGACGUCAAUCUUUGUGGAUCUAAGGGCAUUUGCCAGAACACCCCUGGAAGCUUCACUUGUGAAUGUCAGCGAGGCUUUUCCCUUGACCAGUCCGGUGCCAGUUGCGAAGACGUUGAUGAGUGUGAAGGAAGCCACCGAUGCCAGCAUGGCUGCCAGAAUAUAAUUGGAGGAUACCGGUGCAGUUGCCCACAAGGAUAUCUCCAGCACUACCAGUGGAACCAGUGUGUCGAUGAAAACGAAUGCCUCAGUAGCCAUAUUUGUGGCGGAGCAUCUUGCCACAAUACUUUGGGAAGCUUCAAAUGCAUGUGCCCGACUGGAUACCAUUAUGAGCAGUUCAGUGGAGCAUGUCAAGACGUGAACGAGUGUGGCUCUUCACAAGCACCAUGUAGCUAUGGCUGUUCCAACACCGAUGGCGGUUACGUAUGUGGGUGCCCUCCGGGGUAUUUCCGAAUAGGACAAGGGCAUUGUGUUUCUGGCCUGGGGCUGGGAAAAGGCCAUGGCCAUGGCCAAGACUUAUCAGCCAGCAGUGAAGUGGAUGAGAACUCACUUUCUCCUGAAGGAUGUUACGACUGUAAAAUCAAUGGCUAUCCUAAGCGGGGAAGAAAACGGCGAAGCACAAAUGAAACCGAUGGACUUGAUGCAGAGGAUCAGCCUGAGAUAGAGAUGGCUGUGAACCUCGCCAGCUGGGAUAUUGAAAAGCCAGCCACCCUUUCGUUCAACAUUUCCGAUCUUAAUAACAAAGACCGGCUCUUGCAACUGAUCCCUGCUCUCACGACGUUGACCAACCACAACCGAUAUUUAAUAGACCACGGGAACGAGGGCGGCUUCUUUCGGAUUAAUCAGAAAGAAGGCGUAAGUUUCCUUCACCUAACAAAGAAGAAGCCGGUGCCUGGAGCCUACUCAUUACAGAUCAGUAGCAUCCCGCUUUAUAAAAAGAAGGAACUCAACCAGCUUGAAGACAAACACGACAAAGACUACCUCAGUGGUGAGCUAGGAGACAACCUGAAAAUGAGAAUUGAAAUUUUGCUGCAUUAAUUCACCAAGCAAAGAUCAAAUGAGGAAAAGCCAAAGAUAGCUAGGCAAGACUUGAAUGUUUUCUUUCCCAGGAAGGUUCUCCACGGCACAGGUACAGUCGUCCGUCACGAAGUCAUUCGGACACGUGAGCAACAUUCCCAUUCCGACACAAGCAAGGUACCGGACGCAAACAGUCGCUCACAACAACCACUUUCUCAGGCUUCUUGUAAGUGUAGCUACUUUGAAUCUUGAAUAUCAGGACUGCUGUUGGAAGUUGGUGACAAGGUAAAACGCUAUCGGCAGUGAAGCAAGUUCCAUCCAUGGAUUCUUCAAAACCAAUUCAGCUACACUUACUUGGUCAGCCGUUUCUGAUAUCCCUUUGGUGCUAGAAAAUGUCCAAAUUAGAUUUUAUAAAUGCACUGUAAUAUAUACACGACUUAGAAGCCAAAGAAAUUGCAAUUAUCCAGUCUAAAUACAUCAAUCAAACAAGGUUUAGCUCAGUAGUUUAUUUCAGUUAUACCUAUACUACAGUACAUGUAAAUUAAGUGUGUGUAUACUGUAACCAAGCUAUUUUUUAUCCAUGAAGCAUUUGUAAACUAGAUUAAUAACACCCUUCCUGUGAGGGUUUAUAAUGGUGCUUAUAAGACCAACUACUUAACUGUAUACACAAAUCUGGUGAAGAAAUUUCUGUGACAAUCCAAAUGCACUGAGGUCACUGGGGAUCACUAAACAUUCUCACAAGUCGCAGGACGCAGUGCAAUCCGCAGUUACAUCAUGGCAAUGUAACACAUGUCAAAGAGUACCUACCAUGAUUCACAUCAAAAGGAAUUCAAUGUCAAAUGUCACAAUAAAACCGUUCUUUUUUA